AUGUCUCAACCAGAUGCCCCACCAGAGGCAGUUAAUUACAUGGAUGUCAAACUGCACGAUGUUCACAAUAUUCCUGCCAAUUGGUGGGCUGAAGGGAAACCGCCUGGUUUCCCCGAACACCCAUUCCGGUAUGAAGUUAGCUUUACUAUUGAUGGUGAAAAAAAAUACGCUUUUACACACGGUAGACUCUUAUUACCAUUGUCACAGUAUGAAUCAUACAUUGAAGGGGCUACACCUCCUCCGCUUCCCUCGAUGGUAAAUGAUAUGCUACAACAUAUUCGAGAGGUACCCGAGACUCCAGUGUUAACCAGUGGAACUUCUACAAGAGCAGGGGGUACAAGUACGAAAAGGACGGAUGAUAAUGAAACCGCAAAAGAUCCAAAAAUUUUAUGGGUAAUAACUCCAGCAGCUGAUGCAGCAGCUUCUGCUGCAGAAGAGCAAGGAGGAAGACGACGAAAGAAAGGUCUUGCCGCUUCAACGACGGAAGAAGUAGUAACAGCACCUUCUAUACCUAAUGAAGAUGAUUUACCACCCUGUGUUAUUCGUGUACCAUUGUAUGAAGAUGAUGUCACAGCAUUGGAUACUAUGCUUUUAUCCGGAAGACCAUUACAGCUACACUUCACACGUGUGUUAAAAGGAGAUGCACCGCAUGACUGGGAAGAUCCACAGGAAUGGUAUUUUCGUGCUGAUAUCCCUGUUGAUCUCUCACCAUUGGCAGAACCCGGAUCACUGCAGCUUAUGGAAGAUGUACCACUGUUACCAGUAAAAGAUCCUAUGCAUAUGGAGGAAAAGGUAAAAAAGAGAGUCUCUAAACGACCAAAAUCAGGUUCUCCAGGGUUACUCUUUGAGGAAGUUGAUGUAGAAGCUCAACACCCCUAUGUUGUUCAUAACACCUCAGCAACCGUUUCUGUACGUCUUGAAAAAACUCUUACACGACUGGCAAUGGAUCGUAUACGUCCUGCUUUAACACCAGCUAAUCUAAUCCCUACACGAGCACUUCCAAAAAAAGAGUUUCAAGAUACUACAAGACAAUUUACAGAUGUGAUAGAAGCAAUUGCGAAAAAAUUGAUGUAUGAUUACAGGGAUGCUAAGAAAAAUAACAAUGAAGCAAGUAAGGAAAGUAUUUUUGCCACAUUUCAGACUACUGGACAAUUAGCAGCAUAUAAAGAACAAUUAACACCACUAGUUGUAAAAGUGGUACGUGAGAAAUUUUUACGUGAACCUGAUGCUUCACAAGAAGCUAUUGGUCAACUUACAAAUGAACUUUAUGUUUAUCUCUUAAAUUGUGUACAUGCCAAGUUACGUGAUUUAACAGAAGGUUCUGAUUAUGGUACAAAGAGUAACAGUUCUGGAGUCCCAGUAAUGACAGAACAACAAGAUUCAUCAUCUGGUAUUACUGGAGCCAUGUGGUUAGAACGAGCGGAAGAAGCUGAGACACUACGUGAAUAUGGACUUGCUGCCCAAUGUCAUCAAGCUCGUAUCGCUACUUGUCAUUCUCCAGAAGAAUUUCCUGAUCUUUGGAAUGAUGCUGCUGCAUUUUUUGCUCGUGUUGGUGAUGCAACACGUGCUGAACAAUGUUAUCGAGAAGCUAUCGCAUAUAACCCAUUACAUGUACCUUCUUUACUUGGAUAUGGUGAUCUUCUUCUUGAGUACAGUCGAUUUGAUGAAGCUGCUGUUUUUCUUCAUGCUGCAGUGGAUAUACAACCUAGUGCUCUUUCAUGGGGUCAUCUCUCGCUUUUAUGUGAUCUUCAUGUCCUGGCAUUAGAACAAGGACCACAGUAUGAAUCCAAACGGGCACGUUGGGAACGUGAGGGUAUGUUAGCCAUGAAAGAAGCUAUGGGUGCCACAGAGGAAGUAGAUUUUAAUGAUGUAAACCUUUCAGUUGCUGAAUAUCUUUUACAACUUCACCAUACGGAUUUGGCAAAUGUUUGUCUUUCAAGAUGUCGUCCUGGUGGUAGGACAGAAGUAUUGUAUGCUCGAUUAUUUGCACUCUGUGAAAGGUACGAAACGGCCCUUGGUUCAUUAAAAGAUGGAGAAAAUCUAGAACCAUUUGCAGAUGAAAUUAAUAUUUUAACUGGAGAUUGUAAUGCUGCUCUAGGACGUAGAGAAGAUGCUAUUUCUGCAUACAUGCGUGUACUAUGUCGUGAAGGUGAAACUCCUAAACGUUGUUUUGGUCCAAGUUAUAUUCAUCUUGGUAAUUUACUCAUUGGAGCAGGUCGCUAUAAUGAUGCCCUUGGUGUAUUUACACUUGGUAUUCAAGCAUGGCCAUGUAGUGUCAUGUGGCUUGGGGCAGGCAUCGCCUACUACCGAAUGCGAAAAAUAGAUGCCGCUGAAGAAUGUCUAAGUGAGUCCAAUACACUUAACAACAGUAAUCCACGUACAUGGGCAUAUCUCGCGUUGGUAUGUCUUCGAAAGGAACGAGCAGAACUUGAGGUGGUGCUUCAACAAGCUAUUACACAAGGGCUUUCUGAUGCCGCAUUGCUUACUGAGCUUGGUCGCGAUCUCGUACGGGCAUCUCGAUUGAAGUUAGGUGAAUUAUGUCUGCGAAAGGCAUUCGCUCUAGAGCGUGAAGCCGGUCGGGCAACAUCAGAGGUAAGUUGUACCUCUAUGUAUUACUUGGCUGGUGCACUUGAGGGAAACCAGCAACGUGAGGCGAAGGAAUUGUAUACAGCUGUGGUGAAACAGAGUAAGAAUGAGGUGCUGCGGGCAAAAGCGGAGGAAGAAUUGCAUAACCUCUCAAUGUGA